CAUCAUGCCAGCUCUUAGUCGCUCCCUUUACUCUCUCUAUAACAUGAUAAUGUCUCCACAUUAAUUCUUUCCCAAAUUAACAUAAAUCAUCAACUUUUUGGUUAAGUUUCAUCACAAAGAAGAAAGAAAGAAAGGUUUGGGUUUGAUGAGUGACCAACUAUCAAGGCCAAGUUCAAUCUUUGGUCUUCGUUUAUGGAUAGUUGUCGGUGUAUGUGUAGGAGCAGCAUUUGUGCUGCUUCUCUUCCUCAUCUCUCUUUGGCUCACUUCGAAACGUUCCAAAAUCAAACAUAAUAAAUCUUUUUCAAAGGACCCUACUAAUAAUACAAUACCUAUCAUCUCUAAAGACAUCCAAGAAGUCAGAGUUCAAUCUCAUCCUCAUCCAGAGCCCGAUCCCAUCACCGGCAUAGAAGGGCAGGCCUUGCUUCUCCCUCGAGAAGAAGAGAGCCCUACUGGAUAUCAUAAGAUUCACGUUGAGAUCGGUAAAGAUCAUAGAAUAUGUUAUCCUGGGAAUGGGAGUGGCGAGGCACGUUCAGGUGGUGGUGGUGGUGCUGACCAAGUGGCUGCGGUGGUGCCUGAGGUGUCGCACUUGGGUUGGGGUCAUUGGUAUACUUUGAGAGAGCUUGAGGUUUCAACAAAUUAUUUUGCUCAUGAAAAUGUUAUUGGUGAAGGUGGGUAUGGGAUUGUUUAUUAUGGUCUUUUGGAGGAUAACAAUCAGGUAGCUGUUAAAAAUUUGCUCAAUAACAGGGGACAAGCUGAGAGGGAGUUUAAAGUUGAAGUGGAAGCAAUUGGAAGAGUUCGGCAUAAGAAUUUAGUGAGAUUGCUCGGCUAUUGUGCUGAGGGAGCUCAUAGGAUGCUUGUAUAUGAGUAUGUGAAUAAUGGAAACUUGGAACAAUGGCUUCACGGGGAUGUAGGGUCUUGCAGUCCUCUUACUUGGGAGAUUCGGAUGAAUAUUAUCCUGGGUACAGCAAAAGGGUUAAGUUAUCUACAUGAGGGACUUGAGCCCAAAGUUGUUCACCGUGAUAUAAAAUCAAGCAAUAUUUUACUUGACAAGCAAUGGAAUUCCAAGGUUUCAGACUUCGGCCUUGCCAAGCUCCUAGGUUCAGAGAGCAGUUACAUCACAACCCGUGUAAUGGGAACAUUUGGUUAUGUGGCUCCUGAAUAUGCAAGUACAGGUAUGUUGAAUGAACGAAGUGAUGUGUAUAGUUUCGGGAUUCUUAUUAUGGAAGUAAUUUCUGGGAGGAACCCAGUUGAUUAUAGCCGGCCUCCAGAAGAGGUUAACUUAGUUGAGUGGCUUAAGAAGAUGGUUUCUAACAGGAAUCCGGAGGGAGUGCUGGAUCCCAAGCUACCAGAGAAGCCUAAUUCCAGGUCUUUAAAACGGGCUCUGCUUGUAGCUUUACGUUGUGUAGACCCAAAUGCAACGAAGCGACCCAAAAUGGGCCAUGUGGUACAUAUGCUUGAAGCUCAAGAGACCCUCUUGAAAGAUGAUCGUAGAGGUGCAAGGGACACAGGAGGACCACUUCGUGACAGUCCAAAAAAUGGGUUAAUUAAGAAGCAGGGGACGGAACCAGGUGGCGACAAAAGGUACGAAAGUGGGGUGCAUGCCAAUGAGGAAAGAUGCCAACAUGAAGAAAUCCAAGAAGAAAAUCUUUGAAAAGUUACCGACAACGUCAGGAGUGGAUUCAAUAUUAUGUACUGUCCACUUAUAAGCUUUAUCUACUUUUGUGACUUUCACUUAUGGUGCUCUAUAUUAUUUUUGCUUCUGCAAUCACAUUUGAUUUAGCUCCGCUAUAAGAUUCAAUUCAAAGACUGUAAUCAAUCCUUUUUUCAGAUAAACUUUGUGCUGGAGGCCUCCGUAAUCAGAUAUUUAUUUACAUUGUUAAAUAAUUUUUUUUCCAUA